AUGGCAGCCCCGCCGCGGCUGCCCAAGGAGGAGCAGGAGAUCUUCGAGGCGCUGCAGCGGCAGUCGACGGGGGCGUUCUCGACGCCGCGGCCACAACCGCCGCCGCGGAUCAAUCAGUCGCCCGACUCGUCGGUCUCGGAGAGGGACGACGCGCAGGCCACGGUUGACGAGCGCGUCGACAGGAUAGCCUCAGCCUCAGCCUCGAGCAACGGUGUCGGUGUCGAGGAGCAAACGGGAGCCCAGCACGUGAUCGAGGCAAGCGGUGCAGGAGAAGAAUUACAUCCCGACUCGGUGAGACGGGCGCAGCCCGAGUUUGAAGGAGAGAGGAAUCCAAAAACUGGGGAGGUUGGCGGUCCUAAGAAUGAGCCGCUGAGAUGGGGGCCCAGCGGAGAGUGGACAUAUAAUGGGAGGGCUACAGAUUUUUAG